ACCAGCUGCAUCUGAUAUCUAUAAUAAAUUAUCAAGCUGGCUAUGGAUAUUAGAUAAGAGUAAUGCUGCAAAAGAUAAUCAUGAAUUAGUAAUAUUAAAAACAUUCCAGUCGACCGAUGCAAUUAUCCCAACAUUAUCAACUGAAUUGCCAAUUUGCCCUAAAGAUAAACUUACAA